GUAUUAGGAGCGGGAAUAUAAAAUAAGCAGGAAUAGGUAUAGGAAUUUAUAGCCGAUUCAGUGCGACAGUAGUGUUAUCUGUCGGUAAAUUCACAACCCAGUGUCGUCUGCAUACAACUCUUUUACCUUUUACUAAUACACGUGUGACAGUACAAACGCGAAAAGUGCACGUGUGCUAUCAAUAGGCCAUUUGUUUAACUCUUAAUGCGUUAGAUUUUACAAAUUGAUAACAAAUGUCCACAUAAACCUGCAUCACAUAUUUAUAUAUAUAUAAAUAUACAUAUACAUCUACAUUUGUUUAUCAUUACGUCAGCAAAUAUAUUUUUUAGCUCGCCUUCAAUAGCUCGUGGCGCCAUCGCGAACACGUGUUCAUUUUUAUGCGCAUGCGCAACUUAAAUUGAUCACGGGAAUCACACGUUUGUAUUUUUUCUCGAUAUUCAAUUGCAGAAAAGUGUCAGCAAAUUAAAAAUUAUUCGUGUAAUCAUUUUUUAAAAAUUAUUAAGAAAAAAAAACUGCUGACCGGCAUAAUUUUGGUUGCAAAAAUUACCAGAUCUCUCAGCACAGCUUUUACGAUUGUGCAUUAGCUCGGUAACCUUGACAUUUCGUGCGACGCGUGCUCACGUUUAUUUUAGAAAGGAAUAUACCAUACACCAGUAGAGCAAAGAAGUUAAAAGAACGGUACUUUAACAGAUAAAUCGAGCUUACUCUUGUAUAGAUCAGUAUUGAGACCGGUAACUUUGAUCUGCACGCCCUUUUGAACUUUAAACUCCGACCAAGGAAAUUAUUGAUUUCGAUCCUUAUUACAUACAUCACUUUUAAUAUAUAUCUUUAUUUAAAACGCAUUAAUAAAGCCGACGUUAAUAAAUUUCAUUGGGUUGAUUAUUAAUUUUCAAAUUAAUGAAUAAAUUUAAAAUAUUUAAAUUUAAUAAUUAUUUUUUGAGUGACGCGAAAAAACCCCUUGCAUCUGAGGUUUUAACGAGCUACCUUUUGCAAACACAAGAACCGCCUUGGACUUCGUACUUCGUGAAGUACAGAGACAUAAAAAAUGACCAACGAGGCAUGUCACAUUUCAAUUGGGCUGUCGGUAAUUCAAACUACCACGUGCUACGCACUGGAUGUUUUCCUUACAUCAAGUACCACUGUACGAAACGCCCGAAACAGGACCUCACACUCGAUGACAGAUUCUUCAAGGCUAUCAAGAUAAUAAACCUUGGAAUUCCUACUCUGCUUUAUGGACUCGCUGCUAUCUAUUUAAUACGGCAUCAAGAGCCUGUCAAGACUUCGCGAGGUCAAGUCUUUAUAUAUUUUUUACUUCCCGAAGACAAGGGAUCAAGAUAUUGAAAUACUGAGACUGAAUAUUAUUUUUAACCAACUUUAAAUUUCUUAACUAAUUGAAUGUUAUUUUUCAUCCUAAUCAAUUUUGUUAAAAUAUUCAAAAUUUUUUAUGCCACUGUAUUAAAUAAUAAUA